AUGCUUCGAGCCGAACAGGAGUACAGUCUUACCAUGUUUCGCACGCUCUUGCUCGACCACCCAUUGUCGGUCAAGACCGACGCUCGCGUUGUUUCAACCGCCGAGAUGCUGAUGCAUCAAGCGAGAAUAACGGAUGCACUGCGGGAGCAGGACCCGAAUAAUGGAGACGGGGCGUUAGAUAUGUUGCUCAAGGGGAGGAGCGAUCUCGAGGGAUGGUACAACGAAUGGUGCGAGAUCAUGCGGCAGCGGCACCCCGAAGAACCGUUCUACCGGCUCUCGCUCGACAUUCAGUUGCAAUUCGCGACGUUGUUCACGUCGACGAUCGUGCUGCGAGGAUGUCAAUCGUUCUCGCGGCUGACUCCAGCGAUGCUCAAGGUCAUCACCAUGGCCGUGCACUCCGCCUUCCAAGUUGUACGCAUCUGCACCGAGGAGGACGCCUAUGUCCACGGCCUGCGCUUCGCGGUCGAUUACACCGUCAGCGUCGUCGCCUUCGCCGGGGCCUUCCUCCUCCGCUUUGCGCGCCUCGUCCCAGCGGUCGUGGACAUGCAACGAUGUAUCGACGUCGUCGACCGCUUCGCCUCAAUACUCCUCGGCACGCCGUACCCUCGCUUCGCCCCACCCCUUCAAAAGAUGCUGACCCAAGCUCGUACCCGUCUCGCGACUUCGUCCUUGCAUCAACUCGCUUCGACAUCCCUCCUCGCCGCCGCUGCGGCCCAAAACCCGAAUCAAGCCGGGAGCAACCACAGCACCAGCUUCGCUACCCUCGAUCCCGGCCCUCCAUCGGUAGGGAGUGCCGACGAUUUUGAUUGGAAUCGGUUUGUCAAUAACGCAUUCAAUGAGACGAGUGGGACAUCUAUUCAGACCGGUGCAUCUCAGGCUUGGGCUUUGGGCUCGGAUGGGCAGGAUUUGGGCGGUUCAGUGAGUUGCUCUUGCUGACACUUUUUUGUCUUUAUAUCGAGCGCUGAUGAUUCUUAUUUUUUUAUUUUUCCACCAGCAGGCCGCAAUGUGGAGCUUCGAUGUCGGAGGCAUCCUGUAG